UUCCUUGUCCGCGUUCACGAUACUACCUGGGACGUGAUUGUUUGCUGUACUCUUGGGUGGACUCCACGCGAAUGCGUCUUGCCAGGCGCCGCUGUAAGCCCAAUUGUGCGAGUAAGACGUGCUGGCAUGCCACAGCCCAUGCGUUCAAAGUGCCUGGGAACAGUUCGCCGUCGGUCCCGCUGGCGUUGCGCAGCGGGGUAAUAUACCUGCUUUGAGGCGUGUGAUUCACCGCGGUGGAGCCAUGUGAUUCGGAAGCGGCCGGGGGGUCUGUGCUGGAUGGUCCCCGAGAAAAAAACUCAUUGGUGGGGGGACGGCCCCCACCCCGUUUCUCGUCCUCCCCCUGCUGCCGACCGAAGCAAGUGCUGGGCAACCUCGGCCCCCCAGGCCAGCUCCAACACUGUGACUCGAGUGCGUACUAAUUGUUGUCUCAGCUGCCCCGAUCUGCAGCACGCAACCCGGAGCGUCUUGGCACGGAGCUCACCACGGAGACCAAAAAGGUAAGUUGGGCGCGAUGAUUUCGCCAAGACGUGGGCCAUCACGUUGAGACAACAUGCAGCGUGUUUACGCACGUAGCGUAUCAGGGCAGCUCAGCAAAUUAUUGGUGGAUUAAAAAGUUACGGACAACAUGCGGAUUGAAUGCGCGCUCUGCCUGCUUCGUUGCCAGUGCGGCGCCCUGGACCCUCGUGCGGCUCCUCCGGCAGAGCCCGCAGGCGGCGCGUGGGAUGCGGCCUGUUGAGACGGGCACCUUCGUGCGCCUCUGGCCCGCGUCGGACGCUGCCCGACCUCUCGUCCGACCCGACUGGCACGUGCCAGCGGAAUGGCCGCGGGCCAGGAGGAGGAGGAGGGGGGGGGGGGAGGGGGAGGGGGAGGGGGGGAGGAGGAGGAAGAGCAAAAGGCUUCGAAAUGCACCAUGCUGCCUGCGGGCCACCGCAUGUUCAGACGUGCGCGGGGUGCGCAGAAAAGUUCUGCCCGAGACUGGGCGGCUCUGCGACAGUCUCGUCUUCGUUAAGCACUACAGGCUCACCGCUGGCUCUCGGCCCGACUUAACACUACAGGCUCACCGCUGGCUCUCGGUACGAGGAGGCAGCGAGUGACCGCUGUGCGAAGCCAUGCCACCGCCGCCCCUCGCCCAACUGGCUGAGACGUCGGCUGCCGCGGCCACUGGCAAGGACGGGGGGGCUGCGUGGCGAUGCGCCACGUCAGAGGCCUCCUCGAUGAGGCCUGGACACGUGGGAUGGGGCGAAGAGGGCGGCCUUCUUGGAAGGCGGGGUGCUUCUCAGAGGGAAUCCGUAACUACACCCUCUGCAGCCGUCGAAGGAGGGGCGGGAGCGGACUAGAUCUUGCAACCAGACACGUAUCCGUCGUCCCGUCUCGGCUGCUGAAGCGGUGCCCCGCACAGCAGAGCAGCAGGGCACGCCCCAGGGGCCGACUGGGCGCUGGGCUGGCGUGCUGGGAGCUGGGCGACAGAGUUCAGGUGCUGCGCGCCGCCGAGCAGCCUGACCUCCAGCGGCGCAAGCCUGAAAGUCGAAGUGCGUGGCGCGGCGCCCAGACGACCGCAAGUCGUUCCAGCAACACGCCUCGGUCACCUCGGCGGCUGGCCGGGCUUCAGGAGGGGGCGCAGCAGCAGCCAGCCGCAGACCGUGAUGGCCACGCGGUGGCUGUUGGCCUCCAGCCCGGUGGCCAGCAGCA